AUGUUGAUGUCUUUGCAAUUUUAUGUUGUUACAAAAGAGUACAAGGCAUUUCAAAGAUUUAGGACUGUACAAAGUGCUGAAAGUCUGUCUGUGGCUGGACCCCUUGGAGCCGAUACCGUUUGUGGCGGUAACGUAGAGCCUGGGGCAGAGGAAGAUGAGUAUCCUGCUACUGGGGACUUGUCUUUGAAACCCAGUCCUACACCACCAACAUUUGGAUUCUGGUCUUUCUUCUUGAACCUACAAAUAGCUGACUUUCAUACCUCAAUUACAGAUUGGCGGGAUUGGGUUACCAUCUGA